CACCCCCUGCACCCGCAGUGCCAGCCACCACGGUCCGCACUGACCUGUGGGGUCAGGGAUGAUGGGGGGACUCUGGGACAGGAGCGAUGGGGGGAGGGGAAUCUGGGGAGGCAGUGGGGGCUGGGUGUGAGUGGGGCAGUAGGGGCCAGAAGCAAUGUGGGGGGAGUCCACAGAGGCAGUGGGGGGCCAGGGCUGAUGAGGGGGCCAGUGAGGGCCAGGGCACCAUUUUCCCUACAGCCAAUCCUGGCUGUGCGGGCAUUGAAGGUGGGUGACUGGCCGGGGUGUUGCUGGAAGGUGCCCUGUCCGUCCCCAAGAAACUGUGCGUGGCUGUGAUGGCUGGGGGGGCCCCUGUUAUUGUACCCCCCGCCAUCAGCAGCUGCCCAUUGCCUGCGGCACUGCUGAUCAGCUGGUGAUCACGCCAGCCCCCCAGGUGGGGAUCACACCGGGAUGUUUCCAGCUCUCUAUAACUCAGCCAUGUGUGUGCAGCUGGGCAGAGCGGGGGGCUGUCGGAACCCCAGAAACGCCCAGGCCCAGGGGGCUGGCAGGUUCCAUACAUGCUUUUGCAUGCUUUUGUCUGGGUGUGUAUUUGCCUAGCCAGGUUUUGUUAUGGGUCAUCCCUCUGGCAGCUCCCGCCCGCCCUGCUCAUUCACCUGAGGCCUGAGCCAGUCAGGUCUCAGGAGCGGGGAAAUGUUAGAAAUUAGCCCAGCCGGGUCCCACGAGUGGCUCUUCGUCCCCUGCAGGAGCCAGCGCCUGUCUGCUGUGAGGGCUGCAUUUGGUGCCGACGCUGAGGAUUUGGGAAAGAAGCUGACGCACUCAACAGCGGGAGAAGCCAGGUGUGUCCAGUGUAUAUUGUGCCCGUGGGAUGCAGAAACAGGCCUGUUCCUCGCGUCUAAACCGGGGUGUGUGUUUGCAGUUGGGUGACCACACUGCAAGUGUGAAAAAUUGGGACAGGGGGUCGGGAGUAAUAGGAACCUAUAUAAAAAAAAACCCCAAAAAUCGGGACUGUCCCUAUAAAAUCGGGACAUCUGGUCACCCAAGUUUGCAGCGACGGAGGCGUUGGAGCUCGCCUGACGUCACAGCGCAGUGGGGGAACAGGCCCGAGACAGGGUCUCAAACAUAAGCCAACUCUCAAGGUUUUGUGGGCACUCAGUGUUUCUUUCCUAGUGCGCUGGAUGAGCUCCUCUGCAGUGGAAAGAAGUAAUAAAGAAAUACGCUGCUGUUCAUUCAGGGUUUUACAUCCACUAGCCUUGAAACUCCGCUUGCAGAAUACUUUCUAAGCAGUCCUGAAAAAUGCAGACAUGGGGGCCGGGUCCUUCCUGCUCCAAAAAGUUGCUUUUUCUCAAGUGUUAUCUCCUAGGGACUGGGAUGAUGUCACCUAAGCGGCUUGUCACGGCUAAAGUGUCACUUCUGACUUCAGUCUUCAGCAUUUCCGAAAACUGGUUUUGCCAAAAAAGCUGGACAAGGCCAAACCCUCCUUGUAAUAGACAGCAGUAUGGUGGGGAAAUCCUUCGAGGAAAAAAUUGCCUGGGUGUUGGCAUUAAAGAGGAGAAACAAGUACCCUAAAGGAAUGAAUAAAGCUGGCAGACUUAAUCUGCGUCGAUUUGCUGCCAACUUUUCUUUGGAAGAUGGGACACUUUUCCGUACUGGCAGAGGGAGAAAGGUCGUCGUGGUGCACACCAGGAACCGAGCCCUGGAGCUCUUCGAACAGCAUCACGGGGAUCCCUGGGGCGGACACCAAGGAAUCUUUAAAACGAGAACCGCGCUGACCGCCCGAUACUAUUGGCCUGGGAUGACGAAGGACAUCGUCCAGUGGGUGGAGCAAUGUGUGAAGUGCCAGAAGGGGAGAAAACCUGUAACUCUGCACACCCUUGUGGAAAGCAGAACGGACACCCCCGUGAAAAGCAGAACGGACACUCCCAUGAAAAGCAGAACGGACACCUCCAUGGAAAGCAGAAUGGACACCCCCGUGGAAAGCAAGUCGGAGACCGCCGUGCAAAGCAAAAAGACCCCUGCCCCCCCUGGCCAAUCCCACCUCCUGGCCAGCCCCUCCCACACCUCUGCUCCUUCCACGCUGGGAAGUGUGUCCUGCUCCAGCUCUCUGUCCAGCUGCCCCUUGCUCCUGGACUCCACUGAGCGGCGGUGGCAGACCGACGCCAUGACGUCCCGCCUGGAUCUCUCCCACCUCCUCCCGCCCCCCCACUUGCGCCAGCUGGUCCGGGACUGGCUCCAAGAGGAUGCCCCAUCCUUCGACCCUGCCGGCUGUGCGGUAGGGGAAGGCCCGGAGCGCGCUGUCCUCCUCUGCAAGUCUCCUGGGGUGUUGGCUGGCUGCCCCUUCUUCGAUGCCGUCUUUACCGAGCUGGGUUGCACCGUGGAGUGGUUCCAGCCCGAGGGGGCCUGGCUGGAGCCUGUGGCCCGCGUGGCCGAAGUCCGCGGCAAAGCCCGCCACCUGUUGCUCGGGGAGAGGACUGCUCUGAAUUGCCUGGGACGGUGCAGCGGGGUGGCCACGGCCACAGGGCGGGCCUGCCGGCUGGCGCGGGAGGCCAGCUGGCAUGGGCAAGUGGCUGGGACGAGGAAGACCACGCCGGGUUUCAGGCUGGCAGAGAAGUACGCCCUGCUGGUGGGGGGAGCUUCGGGCCACCGCUACGACUUGGGCAGUCUCAUCAUGCUGAAGGAUAACCACGUCUGGGCUGCGGGAGGAAUUGCCCAGGCCAUCCAGGAAGCCCAGCGGGUGGCUGGCUUUCAUCUGAAGCUGGAGGUGGAGUGUCGUUCACUGGAAGAGGCCCUGGAAGCCGCAGAGGCUGGAUCUGACAUCAUCAUGCUAGAUAACUUCUCCCCGGAGGAUUUGCAUCCCGCUGCCAGUGCGCUGAAAGCCGCCCAUCCCCGGGUGAUAGUGGAAGCCAGCGGGGGGAUCUCAGAGGAGAAUAUCUCCCAAUUCUUUGGCCCGUGUAUAGACGUACUUUCUCUGGGAUGCCUCACCCAGUCAUCCCGAGCCGUGGAUUUUUCCCUCAAAAUCUGUCAGGAGACACCAGUCCAGAGAGAUUUUGCCUUCUAAGACCAUAAGCCCCAAUUUUCAGGGCAGAGUGUGAAAUUUUAGCUCAGUGAAAUCAAAGGUCGGAGUUUCACAGAUUAACAGAUAAAAUUUUCUAGUUUCUUCCA